AUGGCCGCCACUACUGCUGUAGUAGCCCAGGCCCCGCACGGCGGACGCCUGUGCGAGCUGAUUCCUGACGACCAGGCCCUCGUCGCCGAACUGACGCAAGAAGCCAAGAUGCUCAAGAAGCUCCGCCUCUCUCAGCGUCAAGUCUGCGAUUUGGAGCUGCUACUCAACGGCGGCUUCUCUCCGCUCCGGGGCUUCCUCAACAAGGAAGACUACGACAGUGUUGUCGAUGGCAUGCGCUUGAAGUCGGGUCUGCUGUGGCCGAUGCCGGUCACGCUCGACGUGACGGCGGAGAAGUACAGGGAGCUAGCCAAGGGGCAGCGCGUUGCCCUCCUUGAUCCUAAGGAGGGCAUCCCCCUGGCGAUCCUCACCGUUGAGAGCUUGUGGAAGCCCGAUAAGGUCAAGGAGGCCGUACAGGUGUUUGGUGCCAACGAUCAGGCGCACCCAGCGGUCUGGUACCUCUUCAACAAGGCCGGAGAUUACUACGUUGGCGGCUCUAUCGAGGGGAUCCAACUCCCGCCGCACUACGACUUCGUUGAGCUGCGCCAAACUCCGAAGGAGAUUCGUGCCUCGAUGGCUGCCAAGUCGUGGAGCCGCAUGGUGGCGUUCCAGACUCGCAACCCCAUGCAUAGGUCGCACAAGGAGAUCACUGUCCUUGCUGCCCGCGAGUCCGGUUGCAAUCUGCUCAUCCACCCAGUGGUCGGCAUGACCAAGCCUGGUGACGUUGACCACUACACGCGAGUGCGGUGCUACAAGGAGAUGAUGAAGCACUACCCGGAUGGCUUGGCAUCUUUGUCCCUGCUGCCUUUGGCCAUGCGUAUGGCUGGUCCGAGGGAGGCCUUGUGGCACGCCAUCAUCCGCAAGAACUACGGUGCCACCCACUUCAUUGUGGGCCGAGAUCAUGCUGGCCCUGGCAACAACAGCAAGGGCGAGCUCUUCUACGGUGUCUAUGACGCGCAGGAGCUGGUGAAGAAGCACCAAGAGGAGCUGGGCGUCACGAUCAUGGACUUCCGCAUGGAGGACCAGGUCCCGUCCGGCUCCCAGGUGCUCAACAUCUCCGGCACCGAGCUGCGGCGACGCCUCUACAAGGGGAUGGACAUUCCAGAUUGGUUUUCCUUCCCCGAGGUGGUCAAGAUCCUCCGCGAGACCUACCCGCCGCGCGUCCAGCAGGGCUUCACCCUCUUCUUCACCGGCCUCUCGUCGUCGGGCAAGUCCACCAUCGCCCACGCCCUCCAGAGCGCCCUCCUCCAGCGUGGCGGCCGCACCGUGUCCGUGCUCAGCGGCAAGAAGAUCCGCGGCCUCCUCUCCUCCGAGCUGGGCUUCUCCCGCACCGACCGCGACCUCAACAUGCGCCGCAUCGGCUACGUCGCCAGCGAGAUCACCAAGUCGGGCGGCGUUGCGGUGCUCACCGCCAUCUCGCCCUACGAGGAGGGCCGCCGGACGUGCCGCGACAUGGUCAGCCGCCACGGCGGCUUCUUCGAGAUCUACAUCUCGACACCGCUCGAGGUGUGCGAGGAGCGCGACCGCAAGGGCCUCUACGCCAAGGCGCGCCGCGGCCUCAUCACUGACUUCACGGGCGUGAACGACCCCUACGAACCGCCCAAGAGUCCCGAGAUCACCAUCGACGCUUCGCGCGUCAGCGUCACCAACGCCGUACAGACGAUCAUCGCUGCCCUCGAAGAAGAAGGCUACCUCGCGCAAGUGAAGUUGUAG